UUCCCAUCCCCUGUACUCACAUCUCCAGCCUCAUCUACUGGGACAUUGCUUCAUGAUAAGAGUCAUCAGAAUAUACUGGCAGAGUCUAUAAAGGCUACGUUUGGGCAACCGAGUGUGUAAGAAUCUGUAAGGCUGGCACAGCCCAAACCCAGGAGUGUGAGCCAACUGUAUGGAAUAAGGAUCACUGACUGAGCUCACAAGCCUUUUGACUUGCUGGAAAAGCUUUUCUGUGACUGGUCAUCUUCUCACCCAUCUCUGCGCUUGUACUGGAAAGAAAAGGCUUUGCCCGGCAGAGACUAAGGAGGAUGGACCGCCAAGAGAAACAUUUGGCCAGCAAGGAGUCUGGGCAGGACUUUGGUACUGAGCCCAAUCCUGAAUGUGAGGAAACAUCAUCUCUAACCAAAGACCAAAAUCAGGAGCAAAGGAAAACUUCUCCAGCAGAAAAGUCUGGGAAGAGCUUCCUCAGUAGGUUCUCCCUUCUCACUCACCAGGGAAUUCACACACUCGGGUCUUUCAGUUGUGCAAAAUGUGACAAGAUCUUCCCUCAAAAAGCCAGUCUUCUCCGUCACCAACGUGUUCACUCAAAGGAGAAACCUUUUACUUGUAAGGAAUGUGGGAAACGCUUCUCUCACAAAAGUUUCCUUGUCAAUCACCAGAAUACUCACACGGGGGAGAGAAAUGUGACCUGUACAGAAUGUGGGAAAACCCUGUCUUCCAAGACCAGCCUUCUAAGUCACCUCAGAAAACACACGGGGGAGAAACCAUUCACUUGUACAGAAUGUGGCAAAGGCUUUGCUCAAAACAGUUCCCUUGUAUCUCAUAUGAAUGUCCACACUGGGGAGAAACCAUUCACUUGUACAGAAUGUGGCAAAAGCUUUGCUCAAAACAUUACCCUUGUAUCUCAUAUGAAAAUCCACACAGGAGAGAAACCAUUCACUUGUACAGAAUGUGGCAAAAGCUUUGCUCAAAACAUUACCCUUGUAUCUCAUAUGAAUAUCCACACUGGGGAGAAACCAUUCACUUGCACAGAAUGUGGCAAAAGCUUUGCUCAAAACAGUACCCUUGUAUCUCAUAGGAAAAUCCACACAGGAGAGAAACCAUUCACUUGUACAGAAUGUGGCAAAAGCUUUGCUCAAAACAGUGCCCUUGUAUCUCAUAUGAAAAUCCACACAGGAGAGAAACCAUUCACUUGUACAGAAUGUGGCAAAGGCUUUGCUCUAAAGCCUUACCUUGUAUCUCAUAGGAAAAUCCAUACAGGGGAGAAACCAUUCACUUGUACAGAAUGUGGGAUCAAUUUCGGGUACAAGAGCAGCCUAGUACAUCACCAGAAAAUUCACACUGGGGAGGCGACAUACAUUUGUACCGAAUGUGGGAAAAGCUUUCACCAUAGGCACAACUAUGUCAGUCACUUGAAAAUGCACACAGGGGAGAAACCAUUCACUUGUACAGAAUGUGGCAAAGGCUUUGCUCUAAAAUACAACCUUGUAACUCAUAUGAGAAUCCACACAGGAGAGAAACCAUUCACUUGUACAGAAUGUGGGAUCAAUUUCGGGUACAAGAGCAGCCUAGUACAUCACCAGAAAAUUCACACUGGGGAGGCGACAUACAUUUGUACCGAAUGUGGGAAAAGCUUUCACCAUAGGCGCAACUAUGUCAAUCACUUGAAAAUGCACACAGGGGAGAAACCAUUCACUUGUACAGAAUGUGGCAAAGGCUUUGCUCUAAAAUACAACCUUGUAACUCAUAUGAGAAUCCACACAGGAGAGAAACCAUUCACUUGUACAGAAUGUGGGAAACACUUUGCUAAAAACGGUGCCCUUGUAUCUCAUAUGAAAAUCCACACAGGAGAGAAACCAUUCACUUGUACAGAAUGUGGGAAACACUUUGCACAAAAGGUCAACCUCCUAACCCACUUGCAUGUCCACACUGGGGAGAAACCAUUCACUUGCACAGAAUGUGGCAAAAGCUUUGCUAAAAAGGGCAGCCUUGUAUCUCAUAUGCACACCCACACUGGAGAGAAACCAUUCACUUGUACAGAAUGUGGCAAAGGCUUUGCUCUAAAGGCUUACCUUGUAUCUCAUAGGAAAAUCCAUACAGGGGAGAAACCAUUCACUUGUACAGAAUGUGGGAUCAAUUUCGGGUACAAGAGCAGCCUAGUACAUCACCAGAAAAUUCACACUGGGGAGGCGACAUACAUUUGUACCGAAUGUGGGAAAAGCUUUCACCAUAGGCACAACUAUGUCAGUCACUUGAAAAUGCACACAGGGGAGACACCAUUCACUUGUACAGAAUGUGGCAAAGGCUUUGCUCUAAAAUACAACCUUGUAACUCAUAUGAGAAUCCACACAGGAGAGAAACCAUUCACUUGUACAGAAUGUGGGAAACACUUUGCACAAAAGGUCAACCUCCUAACCCACUUGCAUGUCCACACUGGGGAGAAACCAUUCACUUGCACAGAAUGUGGCAAAAGCUUUGCUAAAAAGGGCAGCCUUGUAUCUCAUAUGCACACCCACACAGGGGAGAAACCAUUCACUUGUACAGAAUGUGGCAAAAGCUUUGCUAAAAAGUGCAGUCUUGUAUCUCAUAUGCACACCCACACAGGGGAGAAACCAUUCACUUGUACAGAAUGUGGCAAAAGCUUUGCUAAAAAGGGCAGUCUUGUAUCUCAUAUGCACACCCACACAGGGGAGAAACCAUUCACUUGCACAGAAUGUGGCAAAGGCUUUAUACACAAGGACAGCUUCUUACUCCACCUGAAAAUCCACACAGGGUAGAAACCUUACCCUUGUACGGAAUGUGGGAGGAAUUACAGGUACAAGAGCAGCCUAGUACAUCACCAGAAAAUUCACACUGGGGAGGCGUCAUAUGUUUGUACCGAAUGUGGGAAAAGCUUUCACCAUAGGCACAACUAUGUCAGUCACUUGAAAACGCACACAGGGGAGAAACCAUUCACUUGUACAGAAUGUGGCAAAGGCUUUGUUAGUAGGAGUAAGUUUGAAUCUCAUCAGAAAACACACACAGGGGAGAAACCAUUCACUUGUACAGAAUCUGACCAAAGCUUCAAUGAAAAGGAGAUUCUUGCCGCUCAUCAGGAAAGUCACACAGAGAAGAAAAGUUUCCCUUCUACAGAACAAGGAGAAAGCGUUGAUCAAAAGAACCAGUUUAUUAGCCAUCGAGAUAAUCACUUG